GCCACAAGUGAAAUGGAGAAAAACUCAUCGCUGCUGGAAGGUGGCAAAAAAACGACCGAUAAUUAAUUGAAGGUAUAGGGUGCUCGCGGGUGCACACCGCCGCACAUACAAACAAGUCUCUGAUUUAUGACCAUCAGUUAGCAGCCGGCAUAAAGUUAGUUAGUUAGUGGCGGAUUUUUUUCGUACGGCUCAGCGUUUUUUGUGUGCUUCUGGGUGAUACUUGUAGAAAAGACCAUCCUGAUCUCUGAAACGAGCUAAAUCGGAUAACAACCCGUGCAUAAUUCGAAGAUGAGUAGAAAGCACUUCAAUCUGCCGCUAAAAGAAGAUUAUGCUGAAUGCAUACGCACACUUACUUCGUUCGGAAAUGUAGCUCGUUAGAUUGAAUUAUUCAUACAUGAAUAGCUCUGAUUCGAAGUUGAGCUCAGAGCCAAAUCCCAUUGAAUUCCGUGCUAAAUGUUGACGACGCUAUACCCAAAAUCGGAACGUGUGCUGCUACCCCGCUGAGUUCAGUCACUCCUCGCGAGCCAGCAUACCUAGUCGUCAACAAGUGAUUCGGUGUUGAGUGAGUGAAUCAAGUGCCACCCCGUCGAAGGGUGCCAUCAAUCUUCGAUCGCGCGGAAUGCUCGUAAAGUGUUUGCGAAAGUGUAACUAACUUAGCUUUAAAGCUCUCAUGUUUUCCGCGCAGAGUCAUCGUCUCCAUCAUCGUCGCCGUCGACGGACGGUGAGGAAUGCUUGAAAUUCGAUAGAAUCUUACCGCAUUGCGCCCCCCAAUCCUCCGUUGUGUGUUCUAUCGGAGCGACAGGCGUAGCACUUUUCCAACCACGUGGAGGAGGUUUUGAGCUUUUAACCCGGAGAAUUUUCCCCGCUGAAGAUAGAAAGGAAGUGGUUGAAAUAGUAUUGCAGCCGCUCGUUCGCAACCGUUCAGAAAGGUGAAGCAUGCUGAAGGAAAAGGAAGAUGAUCAGGAAAUAUGCAAAGCACCAUCAUCACCGGCACCGGAGGAAAGGAAACUCUCCCGGGACGUCGACAUAGAUCCGGUCGGAUCACAAAGGGUCUUCAAAAAGACGUCAUCCAAUCAGCUGCUGACGCUGUACCUCGGCAGCCGGGAGCUGGUGGCCCGCAAAGGAGCUAUCGAACCACUCAGGGGUGUCAUCUACAUCGAUCCCAAAAUCAUCAACGAUGCCAAAAUCUACGGCCAGCUGACACUGACCUUCCGAUAUGGCCGCGAGGACGAAGAGGUAAUGGGUCUGAAGUUUUGCAAUGAAGCCGUCAUCGCCUUGCAGCAGAUCUGGCCAAAGCCCAUCGGCACCGAACCGGAAGUCCUGACGCCCCUGCAGGAAGCCCUUCUGGACCGGCUGGGAAAAAAUGCAGUUCCUUUUGCGCUGGAAAUUGGCACACUGGCACCGCCAAGCGUGCAGCUACUGCCGGCAAAGCGCUACACCGGGGCACCCAUCGGGACCAGCUACGAUGUGCGAGUUUACACGGCUGAGUCCACAACGGAUGAACGUGUCCAGAGGCGGUCCACCGUCAGGCUGGGAGUGAGAUUGAUUCACAAGAUAUGCCCCGAGUCGAGCAAAGCGUCCGCACUGGAAACGGCCACCGAGAACAAUUCGUUCUCGGGCAGCGACUCGGGCGGUCUGGGCCCCAAAUCUCCUCCCAUUGCGGUGGACCCACCGAGCAAUAGUAGCAGCACCAUCACUAAUCCAACUACUCCGACCAGCACGGCAAACAGUGCCAUCGUCAAUGCCGCUGCCCCUGCUUCGGCCACCUCUGCUGGCGGGGGAAGCAAUAAUAGUACCAUUCCACGCGCUUUGAGGUUGCGGCUUUCGCCAAAGUCGCUCAAGCUAUCGUCCCUGCACCGGCACAGCAGCAGCGUCGAUAGUACCAACGGUGGCAUCCGGACGUACGGCGAGCAUGGCUUGAUUGAACUAACGGAUGUGAACAAGGGACCGCAGGUAUCCGUGGACAAACCGUUUCUGUGGGCCGACGGUCGUGUGAAUCUGAAAGCCUCCCUCAACAAGGCGGCGUAUGUGCACGGGGAGAACGUUACCGUGACCCUCGACAUAAAAAACGACAGCCGGAAAAUCGUGCGGAAAAUUCGGCUGGUUGCCGUUCAACAUGUGGACGUCUGCAUGUUUAGCAACGGGAAGUUCAAAAACGUUGUCGCCGAGGUGGACGUCAGCAAGCACAUCGGACCGGGAGACACCCUGCAUGCCUCGUACUCGCUGCUUCCGGUUAGAGGAACAACCAAAAACUGGAUUGCUGUCGAAGGUGCCUUGUUCAGCAGCAGCUACAGUGAUGCCAGUGCAUCGGCCUACAAUUCCAAGCUAGCCACCAGUGCGCCCCGCGGCAUUCUUUCUACGCUCUCCGCAUCGGAGGAAAAAAACGUGUUCGCCAUCUAUGUGUCCUAUUACGUUAAGGUUAAGCUAAUACUCAGCAGUAUGGGAGGAGAGGUUUCACUAAAGUUGCCGUUCGUUCUGGGGAACGUGGAAAUAUCCGACCCCAGUGCGAACCCAACUACCCUCAGCGGGCUCAAGAAGCUCCGCGAGAUGAGUAGAAAGUCCAGUACUGUUACCAGCAAUGGAGGUAGUAGUUUGGACAUUGUGCCAAGAUCGUCAAUAACGAGAGAAUUUAGCACUCGAGAGUCGGACGACGACCCGGACGAUACCGAUCGGAUCAACCGAAUUGCGGAACUCAACAAUCAGAACAAACGAAUGCCCGGCCGAUCGAUGUCGGCCGUUUCUCCGACGCGUCUCCCGUCCGCCAACGACAACGGAACCAACAACCGGAGGGAAAUGUUCAAAAAUUCCAAAUUCAACGAUAACCUCAACAGUACAAUCGAUGUGAUCACCGAAGACUUUCAAACCAUCACGGCCAACAUCAGCAAUCUGGUCAAGUCGGACUCGAGCAAAUCGAACCUCAACGAAUCGGGCGUGGCCUGCCAGCAGGAGAUCAGCGUCGAGGCCCAGAUCCACUGUCCCCUGGUGACGGACGACGGCCUGACGCAGAACUGAUCGUCGCAAACCGAAGACCGACCGCCAAGCAGUGAGCUGUUGUUAUAGCAGUGGUAUGCAGCACCACCCCCUAUUUAGUGUUAGAGAGAGAGCGACCACUAGGAAUUGUAAAAACAAAACUAUAGUUUCGAUCUUUUACCAAUUCUCAACCUGCUGGAUAGAGUUGAAUGUUUAUACAAGCAAGUGCCCAAGCGGUACGUUUAGGUUUUACGAAGCACCGUUUAUACGAACUGUAGCGAAGAGACUCGUAGUAAUAAUACUUAGGAGUAACAUCUAGUCACUAUUAUAGGCAGGAGCACCUUUAUUGUGACUAAACGGAAAGUUUCUAACCAGUCUAGUCUGGUAUCUCCAUUUUGUAUCCACUGUUGAACUUACUAAAAAAACUGAAAUUGUCCAAGUCUGCACAUACACGUCACUGUACCUACUAGGGAAUUAACUGUACCGUAACUGAGAUGGAUCGUGAAUGUUUAGAGAUAAGACCCAGAGCAAACGAAAAGAGCUGCUUUCUUAGAACCAAUUGAUGACAUCAAUUUUUGAAAUCAUUACUGUUAUGUUACUGUUUUGUUAUAUAAUUGACUAAUAUCCACAGCAGAAAGGUGAAUACAUGCGAUCGACUUUGAAUGAUCGGAAUAAAUGAGAUAGAUUAAGCUUUGAUCACUUGUGAUUACUUUUAGGAGCAGGGUGUUGGAACACUUCUCGUUCGGGAUAUGGAAUCCAGGUAGAAAUGCAAGGUGAAAUACAGCAUGGAUCUUAAAAAUGCGAUAAUAGUACUUUACGCAACAAGGUGCAGAAUGAAGAUUUUUACAGCACGAGUCGUACAUUUAUCCAACGAGGCUUGUCGAGUUGGAUAAUUACGACGAGUGCUGUAAAAAUCGAGUUCUGCACCGAGUUGCGUACAACGUUUUUUGCACCUUCAUAAAUUACCACUUGAGGAUAGUUUUUAACUAAACUUUUUCAUCAGACUGCACACUGAUGUUGAUAGCCAUGAUUAAGGAAGUCUGAUCAUAGCAGGUUACACUGUGCAGUUGUCACAAUUUUUCAAAACUGCCUCCAGAAAGCCUCAAGAAGUUGAUCAAAACUGAAAACAGUGCUGUAAUGGUUCAUUACGCCACGCAAAUCAGUGAUGUAAUGAACCAUUACAGCACUGUUUAUUUGGUGUGGGAAAGUAGGCCUUUUCCAGUCAGAUUUGCGUCAGGUAAAACAGCCUAUUACGAUGAGAAAUUGCAAUUGCAGAAAUUUGUCGACGGCGCCAAACCUGACGUAGGUACAAACCAAUCGGACGGAAGACCGAACAGUUUUUUGAAUGAAAAUUUGACAGGAGGUGGUGUCCUAACCUGUGAAAAUCAAUAUCAUCAUCAACAUUGUUGCCACUGCGUAAAAUGGCUCAUAGCGAUAUCAUAAUCACAGACAAACAGACGUAUCACUUGGAACAAAGUGCGAUUAAAACCACUGACACAAAUGUAUAAUCGCCCAAUGCUAAUUAUGCUGUGUUUUGUAAACCCACUGAUCAGAAGGUGGUAGUGAGCAAACGUCAAACAGGAGCAAAAACAUUGCGAGCGCCUUGUGCGAGAGAUUUGCGAACUACAGAAUAUUAUCGUCGCACCACCAAAUCGAAAUCGUCGCUAGAAGCACAUGCGAAGUUGCAGCUGCGAAGUAAAUUUGAAUCUAUUUUUUCAAUUGCGCAUCAUUAAGCUAAUUAAGAGCAACAAUAUGCACUAAUCCAAAUUGAGU